GAUCCGGACGGUUCCGGACAGAGUCCCGCGCGUCCGCCGGAUUCUGUGGGUACUCCGCGCGGAACGUCACGCAAUACGCUGUCGUUUUCGGCUCGUCAAACGGCGCGCGGACGACCGUUCGUGAAUUACGAAUCGCGGUUAACGAGAAAACGUACGAAUGCGAUGGGCGCACAACGCGAUUACCUGUAACGCACACACACACGACUGUAUCAUCGCGCGGACGAUUAGCGAUAGCGCGAUUAACUAUUGCGGCUAUUAACAGUGCGAAAACGGUCGACCGCGCCGACAGCGGCGACAAUCGUUUUGUUUUUCCGUUUGAACCGACGUCGACUUUCGACCGUGUGUUGCGCGUUGAAAACCCGCCGUUCGGAUAUUGCGCCUGUUGAACGAUGACUGAAAAAAAUCCCGUCAACAGCCGUCCGCCGUUCGCGUGAGUAAAUAAUAAAUAUUCGGUGUUGUUUGUUGUUUAUUUUAUUAUUAUUUUUUUUUUUUUUUUUCCCCCGUUCGGUUCGGUUAAGCGUUACAUAUUAUAGGUAAAUUGGUAAAUAUAACAUUUUUUUUUUUUUCUGCAUACGCGUCGGUUUUAUUUUUCUCUUCUGUUCCCCAAACAAUAACAACGAAUUGCCAUUUACCUGCUUACUGACGAUAAAACACCUAACGCCCUACCUACAAACGUGCGCGAAAUGGUGAAAAACAAUUACGCCGCGGACGCACUCCGCAACAAUCUAAAACAAGUAGUCGUCGAAAAUAAUACCGACCACACGAUGUAUCAAAGGUGUGUUCACACAUUGUUAUAACUAAACCCAUUGAUUCGGGCGAUAGGUUUCGUUUUCUUUAAUACUGUCCGUUCUAUUUUCAUCCGUCCGUUUUAUUUGUUUUCGGUAGGUUUGUGAACGAAUGCGGUGCCAGUCCCCCAUCGUGGCAAUCAAAUGCCGAGUGUGAACCGUCGUCUCGUAGGAAGAUGUCGUUCAAAUACCCGGAGAAGUAAGUGCUUGUUAAUGGUAUUUCGAUUCGCCCGCCUACAUAAUAAUUUUAUAAAAUUGUCUGUAUACUUUUGCCAACCGUAGAAUGGAUAAAGAUAAUGCGUUUCUUCAAAAGACAAAAAAAUCGAGCAGAGAAUAUUGCGUUUCAUUUGUACUCAUAUGCAUAUGGAUUUUUUGUACCGUAAGCUUUAUUCGUAUUGUAUUAAAUAGUCAUAUGUAUUGUGUACGUUCUAUUUUAUUUUAUUUCUAUUUUGCAUUUUGACAUUUUUAUUUGUAGAUUGUUCUAAUGGCAAAGCAAGAAAAAAAAAUUGACGACGUACAUCAAGUGACGUUAGCUCCCAACGAAACCAAAAGUAUUGUACAAAUAUUAUAAUUUUAUGUUUUCUAUAAUAUUUUCUUUUAAUACCUACCUUAAUUAUGAGCAAACAAUCAAUAUUAAUGUACAAAUGGAAUUUUUUUUAUUUUAGCUCAAAUAGUAUAUAAAAAUCAUAUGCCCACGACAAAUAAAAUACAAAUAAUGCUGGAUGGAGCUUUUAUGCCCGAUUAUUAUAGUGCCUUGGCAACUCAUUAUUUGAACGUUUGGGUAGAAUUUGAAACAUCUGAAGAAAAUAAUAAUUCCAAAAAAUUGGAGGUUUUGAAGCCUGAAAAUUUACAACACACGGUACCUAUAUAAUAUUCAUUAACAAUCAAUAAUAUAAUAGCAAUUAGUUAGCAAUAAUGUAUUAUGUAAUUAAUUGUUGUCGCCAGAAUAUAACUGAAAUAUGGUCAAUACCGAUUGUAAGUGAACCACUUCUUGAAGUUGUUCCUGAAAUGCAUCAAAAUAAAAUUUUCAAAUUAAAUCGUCUGUCUCCCAAGUAAGAAAAUAAACUGAAUACUAUGUUUUGUGCUUAUUUGUGGUUUUAUUAUGAGACAUUUGUUUUUAGUACAACUCUUCAUGGUGAUACUAAACUCUGUAUGAACACUACAUUGAACACCAAUUUCCCUAUUGCAUUGACAUAUGAUCUGUUUCCUAUUAAUACAGAAUAUGGUAUUAUUUAUGCUGCACUUGUAUUAAUUGGCCUUUAUGUACUCAUCAUAACCGAGGUCAGUACAUUUUUAAAAAUAUUAUGUUCUUCUAUAAUCAACUUGCAGUAUUUAGGAACAACGAAAGACUGAUAAUAUUCUUUAAAAAUAUCCGUCUCCUAAAAUUAUUAUACAAAUAUAUGUUUAUUAACAAUGUAUUUUAGGUUAUACAUAAAUCUAUUGCAGCAAUAUUAGCAGCCACAACAUCAAUUUCCAUUCUAGCACUUUUAGAUGAAGUAACUAAUAAAUAAUUCAAAAGUAUAAUUUUUCACAUGUUAAUGUAAUUUUUGUCAUUGAUAGAGGCCUACAAAAGAUGAGCUGUCUUCUUGGGUAGAUAUAGAAACAUUGCUUCUUCUAUUUUGUAUGAUGGUUAUUGUUGGUAUUUUAUCCGAAACCGGCAUUUUUGAUUACUUGGCAAUUUUGGCUUACAAAGUAUGAACAAUAAUUGUUUACAUUUUAGUACUGUGUCUAUUUUGAACAAGGUAACUAUCUAUGAUUUUUAUUUUAGGGAACAAAAGGUAAAAUUUGGCCGUUAAUUAAUACAUUGUGCAUGUUUACUGCCAUGGUGUCAUCUGUGUUGGACAAUGUAACGACCGUUCUUCUUAUGACACCUAUAACCAUAAGGUGAUUUUACUAAUUUCAAUUAUUAUUUUAAAAAAUUGACUUAAAUUUAAUUCUGUAUUAUACAACAGAUUUUACAUUAUUGAUAUAUUAAUUUGUUAUAAAGUAACCCAUUUGAAUAAUAUUAAAAAUAUUUAUUGGACAAUUUUUCUGUCUUAGGUUAUGUGAAGUAAUGCAAAUGAAUCCAGUGCCCACUCUCAUGUGUAUAAUAUUUUAUGCUAACUUAGGAGGAGCUUUAACAUUGAUUGGUGAUCCACCAAAUGUUAUUAUUGGAACAAAUAAGGAUGUCAUUGAGAGUGUAAGUUAACUAAUUAUCAUAUUAAUUAAUGAUAAUAUUAUGAUUAUUUUACAGGGAAUUACUUUUACAACAUUUUCAAUGCAUAUGGGUGCUGGAUUGGCAAUCAUAUUUAUAACAGUUAACCUACAUUUGAGGUUUAUUUUUCGUAAUAUGCAGGAUUUAAAAUUUACAGAACCUUCUAAUGUUACUGGUAUAUAACAAAUUUUUACUUUUGUGCUGAUUUGAAUCAAAUAAUUUGAUAUUAAUUAAUAAUUAUUAUUAUUGUAAUACACAGAGUUAAGACAAGAAUUAGCAAUUUGGCAAAAAGCUGCAUCUUCGUUGUCAUCAUAUUCUAAAGAAGAAGGUGUUGUUAGAGAUAAACUUUUACGGAAAUGUAAAGUUAUAUUUUCCAAACUUAAAGAUACACUCAAAGGUUUCAAGAUUGAUGAUAAUUUACCAGUAGAAAGGUAUAAGUAAUAAUAAUAGCAGUAAGUUAUUAAAUAUAUAUAUAUUAAGUAGAAAAUAAACCAUUAAAUUAUUUAUUUAUUGUUUUGAUCAUUUAAAUUUUCUUUGAUAUAAAGCACCUCAGGGAUUUACUAUAUUUAAAUGAUGUGAUAUUAUACUAUAAUAUUUGUGUACAAAUAUACUAGGUUUUUUAUUCGAAAAUACCCCAUAAUAAAUUAUUAAGAUAUAUAAAAAAUUAUAUAUUAACUAUUAAUUGAUUAAACAAUAGAAUUAAUAAUACAACUUUUAAUAAAUUCUAUUUUAGUCAUUUAUUUUUAGCUCUGAUAAUAAUAGUUCUUGCGGUUUAAACAUUUUUCUGAUUUUUAUUUAAAUGUUUGUAUAUUUUAUACAAUUAAUGCAAUUGAAAACUACUAAAUAGUUGUAUACACUGGUUUAAGCAUUUAUUAAACUAAACUUUACUCGAAAUUGUUAUUUGGUUAUAUAAUAUAACUAAAUUAAAUGUAUCUACAUGAGCAUUAAUAAAUAAUAUGGUAUUUGAAGGGUUUGUAGAAUAAAAUCAUAGAUAUUUCCUAUAAAUUUAAAUGGAAUUAUGAAUUAUUAUAUAAAUUAUUUAACAAUAAUAAUAAUAAACCAAGUUGUUAAUUAUUUACUGGUAUAUUAUUAAAACAGUAAUAAUAUUAAAAUCUUGUAAUUAUAAUAGGUAUUUAAUAUUUUAGAGUUAGUUUAGUUUUAUUUGGAUGAUCAGAAAUUCUUGAUGAUUUUACACGAGGUUCAUCAUAGUUUGUACUAAAUGGUUUAGCGUAAUACAUUAUUUAUUUAUUUUUUAUAUGCGUUAAAAAUGCAAAUGUUGAUGAACAUUUUAAAACAUACUACUGAACUUUACUCAGAAUCAUAUUUCGUUAGCAAUGAUUUAUCGUUUAAUAAAAUUAUUAACUUUUUUUUUUAAAUUUAAUUUGUCAUUAGUUAUUUAAUUACUCAUAUAAUUGUUCUUUUCUUUUCUAAAAAAUGUAAUUAUAUAAUUUUUUUCAGACAGCAAUCUUAUGAUGACUCAGUUAAGGAUUUCUUGGAUAAGGUAAGUAAUUCCAUAUUUAUAAUACUAUUAUUUCCUUUGAGUAAAUAGAUAUAAUUUGGUGUUUUUUUUAGGGCAGUAAGCUAGAUAAAAGUCUAUUAUGGAAAUGUGCUGUUACAUUAGGAUUUGUUAUAACACUAUUCUGCCUCCAUUCAAUUCCUCAACUAAAUCUUAGUCUUGGAUGGAUUGCUCUACUUGGGACACUACUUCUGCUAAUACUUGCAGACCAUGUUGACAUUGAAUGUGUACUGGGUCGGAUUGAGUGGGCCACAUUAUCUUUCUUUGCCGCUCUAUUUAUUUUAAUUGGGGUAAUGUGUAAAAUAGAAUAAUUAAAACAACACUUUUUUUUUUUACAAUAUGAAUUUCAGGCUCUAUCUGAUCUUGGAUUGAUUGAAUGGGUUGGUAGACAGACAGAGGUGAUAAUUAUGUGUGUAGCCAAAGAAUACCGUUUAUCUGUUGCUAUUAUUUUAAUCCUUUGGGUUUCUACUAUUGUGUCUUCAUUUGUUGACAAUAUUCCACUAACUACUAUGAUGAUAAAGGUGAUAAUAUCAAUGUCUCAAAACCAUGAGCUAGAACUACCAUUACAACCUUUGGUUUAUGCUCUAGCAUUUGGCGGUUGUCUUGGCGGUGAGGAUUAUUAAAUAUUUUUCUCUAGCAUUUAUAAUGUUUAUAUAAUUGAAUACAUUAAUAAAAUGUAUGUUUAGGAAAUGGAACACUUAUUGCUGCUUCGUGUAAUAUGGUAUGUGCUGGAGUAGCUGAACAGCAUGGAUACCGAAUGUCUUUUGUGCAAUUUUUCAAGUAAUUGAAUUAGGAAUAAGCUCUUUUUAAUUUUUAAGUAUCCAUAUAAUUUUUUUUUUAACUAACUUCAUUUUAGUAUCACUUAUAAAACCAUGGAAAUAUCCACAAAAUUUAAAAACUAUAAUAAUCUACAAACUAAUUUCUGUCAUUGAAAAAUAAGAACAAAAUUGUGAACUGUGAAAUCAUGGCUUAAAUUAUGAAUAUUUGUUAUGUCUAUCUUUUUUAUUAUUGAAAGAAUAAGUUUUUUUAAGGGUGCUACAAUUCAUUUGUUAUGUACCAUAGAGUACAAUUAAAUGUUACUAAAAAUGUCUUGGUUUUAAAAAGAUUAGUAUUUGAGAAUUUAUUUUUAAGGCUUUAAUUUAGAUUGGGUCCUUUAAAAACGCAUCCUUAAUAGAAUAAAACAAAAUAAAUUUAUAAAAUAUUAAUAAUUGAUAUCAUGAUAGUUUUUGGGUAAAAACUAGCUAUUUGAUGUGUUUUAAAGAAUUUUUUUUUAUUUAGUGCCUAUAAGACUAACAUUCUAAUGGUGUUACUAGUAAUGUAAUACUAUUUAAAAAUACUAGUUACAAUUUAUUAUGAAUCUAUGAAAAAAGAUUAUGUUUGGAUUAGUAGGUAUUAAUUUUACUUAUAAUAACAACAAUAACUUAAAAAUUUAAAUAAUAUUUUUUCACCAAAUUGUUUAAAUUUUGGGAAUAUCUUUAUUUAAUAUUUUUAUUUCAUAUUUUAACUAUUAUGCAAAAUUAAGUUUUAAACUUCAAAUUUUGUUUUAAUAUAUGUAUUUUUUAUAUUAUAUUUUUAAAUAUUUUUCAAUUAAAACAUAAGCUUUUUUUAUUGGAAUCAUUAUUUGUUUAUAGUCAAAAUAUAUAAAUAAACUUUCUUAUUUAAAUAAAAUAUAUUCUAUAUUUAGCGAUGUAAUUUUGAUUAAUAUUUAUUUAUUUAUUCGUAUAGCAUAGACAAUGUAACAAUAUAUAUAUAUAUAUAAUUUAUGUAUAGUAAUAAGCAGGUAGCAAAACAGAAUAUAAUAACAAUUGGUAUAAACAACAGUAUAAAAGUAUAAAAGUAUAAAAGUAUAAUGACUAUAGAAUAAUGUCCAGGCUUUUCACCCAUUCGAUAGCUUCUGGGGUCGCGUUAAAAAUUUCCUCCGAACUUUUUCUUAGGGCACUCUCGUAUGAUAUGAUCUAUGUUCUGGUUGGGGGCACCAUAAUCACUACCUGGGUUAGGAGUAAUGCCUCAUUUGUGCAUAAAAUGUCCCACUCUUCCAUGACCUGUACGUAAUCGGUUUAAGGUGGUCCAGAUUCUCCGUGGUAAAUUGAAGCCAGGUUUUUUUGUUUGUAGGGUUCUUAAUGAGUGAUGAGUUACUUAAUUCUGAUUUUUCCCAUUCAUCCUUCCAGCAUUGUACUGCGCCAUAUUUGACAGUGUGAAGUUUAAUAGCAGUUUCCCACGGAGGUUUACGUGACUUAAGUCUGUGUAUGCAUAGGUUGUUACAGAAUUUCGAGUGUUCAUGAAUUGGAUGGGUGGUAUUGUUACUGAGUUUUGGCCACAAUAUAAGUAACGCUGUUUGCCGUCGAUGUUGGGGAGAGAUGAUGCUACUGAGAACGGGUAGCCAGUCGAGGGGGGUAGUCUUGAUUGUGCCUGAUAUAAUGCGCAUGCUUUGAUUGAGUUUGAUAUCCACCUUUUUGGCAUGCGUGCUAUUUAACUAUACCGGAGAACAGUAUUCAGCGACAGAGUAGACUAAAGUGAUAGUGGAAGUUCUCAACGUCAAGGAGUCAGCGCCCCAAUCUGUACCUGUCAAUUUUUGAAUUAUCUUGAUGCGGGAGUCAAUCUUAGAUGCAACGUUGGUUAAGUGGGUUUUAUAGGUCAAUGUCCUGUCCAGAGUGACGCCCAGAUAUUUUGGGUAGGGAACAUGCUUUAGUCUGGUUCCUCGGUAGGUAAUUUCCAGGUUAUAGUCUGCCAUUUUGUUAUUGAGAUGGAAAGCUGUGGUUUCAGUUUUACUAGGACUUGGGGUAAGUCUCCAUUGUAAUUAAUAUUGAAUUUAUAUAAUAUAAUAUUGAAUAUUAAAUGUUUUAAUGAUACUUUUAACAUAUUAUCUAACUAUAUAAUACAUAUUUUUGUUUUAGAGUUGGAUAUCCGGUAAUGUUAGGUAGCGUUAUUAUAGCUACUGCAUAUUUACUCAUUACUCAUGUAACACUUGGAUGGAAUUAGUAAUGUCAUUUUUUUUGGUCAUUAUUAUAUUUUAAAAAAAUAAGUUCCUGUGUAAGAAACAUGAAAUUACAUUCUCUAUAUCUGAGUCUAAUUCUAAUUUAUUAAAGUUUUAUUAUUAAUUUAGUUUCCUGUAAUAAAAUAAUAAAUAAAUCAUAUUUUUGCAAAUAUUUUAUUUAUUAUUAUUUAAUAUUUAUAUAAAUAUAAUAAGUUACUAUUUUAAAUUUACUAUAAAAUGUAUCACCAUGUUUUUGUUUAAAUUGUUAACUUAUUUUAUUUUAAAUUAUAUUCAAAGUAAUCAGUGGAUUUUUGUUACCAAAUAUUCUGUAAUAAUUUGUUAAGAAAAUACAAUUUGAUAUAUUAUAGGUAGGUAUGAUUUUUUUUUUUUUUUUAUGUUUGCCAUUAUCUUACACAAGUAGGGUUAGCUACUAGACUUAUACUAUAUUCCUCCAUAUUUCCAUUACACUCAUCUCCCUUAACAACCUUGAGUUAGCAAUUUCGUGAUGACCAUAGUUUAUACAUUAUAUUUGUAGGUAUGUGUUUGAACAUUUACACAUGGUUCCUUCAAUCCUCCUUUAUUCAAUGAUUUUGUGUAGAAUUAAUAUUUUUCUGGAAGAUUAUAUUCAGUUUCUAUGUUGUUACACAUGUAUGCACAAUAUUCCUUACAAAAUGAUUUUAAUAAGGCAUUCAUGUUAAUACCAGC